AUGGAGCGCUGUGUCGUCACCUUCGCAGCGGCGACGCGCGCGUGCGUGACGCUGUUGGCGCUGGCCACGGCCGCCAUCGUGACGCCCUAUGACACCUCUUCGCACCUGCAGGCGGGCGGCUCCUCGCUCGCGGCGCUGAGCAACUGGGACGGCGUCUACUUCUCGCACAUCGCGCGGAGCGGCUACGACUUCGAGCACUUCCACGCCUUCUUCCCGCUCUACCCGCUGCUGGCCCGAUGGCUCGCGCAUCUGCUUCCUCUAGACGAAGCGUCGGCGGUGGUGGCCAGCGGAUGGGUGAUCAGCAACGCGAGCUUCGUGCUGGCCGCGCUCUGCCUCUAUCGCCUGGGUUGCGUCGUGCUGCGGGACGAGGUGGUUGCGCGACGAGCGGCCUACCUCUUCUGCGUGGCGCCCUCCAGCAUCUUCAUGUCGGCAGUGUACUCGGAGAGUCUCAUGUGUCUGCUGAGCUUCAGCGGCAUGUACUUCCUGGCCAGACACGCGCAAGCGCCCAAGCCUCGUCGAGCGUUCCGUGACCUCGUGUACUGCGCGCUGCUGUUUGGCGCGGCCUCCGCGACGCGCUCCAACGGCAUUCUACUCUCGUUCCUCGGUGCGCUAGCAGUUGGGCCGCAAGUGGCGUACUUUGUAGUGGCGAUGGUGCCGUAUUGCCCUUCAAUUGUGCAGCGGUUCGGCGGCGAGGCGUUGGCUACGGGUGCUGAGAUGCAGGACCGGAGCUGGUGCGCCAAGGCUGUGCCCAACUUUACAGCCAUGUACACGUUUAUCCAGAGCGAGUAUUGGAAUGUGGGGCUGUUCCGCUACUACGAGCUGAAGCAGGUGCCGAACUUCCUCCUCGCAGCGCCGAUAAUUGGGCUAAGCUUGCACGCACUUCAAGGAUACUUUCGAGGACUAGUCGUGCCAGGACGACCGAGCUUCGCAUCUCAGGAGCAACAAGUGCGCAGUUGGCGAGGCACUGCGCUCACUCCGUACUACGUGCACUGGCUCUUCCUGGUGGUGACCACGAGGCUCCUGUGCGCGUGCCCUCCGUUGUUCUGGCACCCAGCGGCUCUGCUCUGUGGAUCUACCGGGAAGAGGAAGGAGUCGCCAAUUUUGACAACCUACGGCCGACUUGUUGUGGGCUACUUUCUGCUCUUCACAGUGCUGGGCAGCGUGCUCUUUCCUUCCUUCUACCCAUGGACAUAA